AUGGCUUUCUUUCCUUUCUUCUCGCAAUAUCUUGACAUGAGUGGAGUUAAUCUUGCUAAGAUUUCUUCUGAUAAUUUGUUUCAUGCUGUUAACAUGCUGCCUGCUCUUUCUGUUUUUGAUUCUUCCAAACUGCCACCUUUCACUCAACAAUCAAAUCAACUCCACAUUCCUCUCUGGCUAACUAAUUCCAGCAGACUUGUUCAUCUUGAUCUCUGGUUCAAUCACUUCCAUGGAGUGAUACCUGAAUCCAUUGGUCACAUGGAAUCUCUGGAGGUCAUUCAGCUUGGCUUCAAUGACUUUGUCGGCCUGCUACCAACAAGUAUCAGCAGAGACCUCUGCAACUUGCACACUUUGAUUUCUCAUUCAAUAAUCUCAGUGAAGACACGAGCACAUUGUCAAGAAUUUUAUCCGGAUGUGCUGCAUUGCACUUCUCGAUCUCUUCUGAAUAAUCAGAUAACUGGAACUGUGCCCAAGUCUCCUCAAGCUCAUCUGUUCAAGAGAUCUUUCUUCCCUAUUCUUGGUGGAAAUGUACCAACAUUGGGACAUUUGUAUCUUUCAAAUAAUCUCUUUAAAUGGCACACUUCCUGCAUCUAUAUGCAACUUCCAGCUGAUGCAAUGGCUCUAAAUCUGGCAAACAACAAGAUAUCUGGAGAAAUUCCUGUUUCUCUUGGUUCUCUUAAAUUGAUUCAAGUUCUUCACUUGGGGAACGACAAUCUCUCUGGAGAAAUCCCAUUGCCUCUGAGUAACUUGAAGAUACCAGACCCUUGA